AUGACAACUCCCGCACCCUCAAUAGCCCCUGCGCCCACUCCAGCUCCAUUGGCUCCCGCAAUUGCCGCCAAGCCAACCAUUUCACCGUCUCCCGGACCGGGUACACCCGGAUCCGUCACCUCCAAGGAAUGGGUUAUACCACCACGUCCCAAGCCUGGCCGGAAGCCUGCCACAGAUACGCCGCCUACUAAACGUAAGGCGCAGAAUCGUGCGGCCCAAAGAGCGUUCAGGGAACGUAGAGCCGCCCGCGUCAAUGAGCUCGAAGACCAAAUUAAGAAAAUCGAAGAAGAGCACGAUAUUCAUGUGGCAGCGUUCAAAGAACAAAUUUCAAACUUGUCUCAUGAAGUCGAACAAUGCCGAAAUGAAAUGACAUGGUGGCGCGACCGAUGCCACGCUCUGGAGAAGGAAGUCUCAGUAGAAAGAAGCGCGAAGGAAGCCCUUGUGAAAGAGUUCCGGUCGUCGCUUUCAGAUAAGAAUACUCCUGCUGGUAGGGCACCAUUGACUCGUGUGUCCGCCAAAAACUCUAUCUCUGGACGAGCUACGAAUGAAAGGUCUUCGCCGAGCAACGCCAACAGCGGUAUUAACCAUGAUGAGCGGGAGGAAGUGCCACUGGGAUGCCCUAGUUGUUCUUCGACACAUUGGUGUGUCGAGCCUGAGAUAAAGCCGGACCCGGAGGAGAUGGAAAUCGACUUUACCACACGGUUCGCUGCCCCUCAACCGCAGGAAGAUAAUGCAACGGCUGUUUCAUCCCCUGCGGUUGAUCCGUGCGGCUUUUGCCAGGAUGGAACCCCAUGCAUUUGUGCGGAAAUGGCCGCCCAGGAAGAGCAGCGCCGACAAUCCUUCGAGAACAACCGUCUCGCACCUAUUCAAAACCUGUCUCAAUUCACACCACCUCCCUCCGAUGGCGACGUUCGUUCUGAAGUCACUCUGCCGCCCAUUAGUCAGGCAACCAACCCCUGUGCGAAUGGCCCUGGCACCUGUGCCCAAUGUCUUGCGGACCCAAAGAGCACCCUUUUUUGCAAGACGCUGGCGGCCUCCCGCUCCGCCAGCGUUGCCUCUUCCGGAUGUUGCGGCGGUAAGGGUGUCGAUGGUGGGUGUUGCCAGUCACGCAGUUCCAACCCUCCGCGUGCUACCGUUGCCAAAUCGACAUCUGCUAGAUCUACGACGCCAUCAUUAACACUCUCUUGUGCCGACGCCUUCACGACACUGUCACGACACCCAAAUUUCUCCCGUGCCAGCGAUGAAAUUUCUGCGUGGCUUCCUAAGCUGCAUACAUUACCAAAUCCGAAGGAUGUUGCAUCGCCCGAUCGAUGCUCCUCGAGGGCGGCACUCGAGGUCGAGGCGGCGAGCGUAAUGGGCGUCUUGCGCUACUUUGAUCGGAGGUUCGCCGACAAAUAA